GAGCGUAACAUCCCCUAUUUGGACACCUGCCUGUAUGACCUAGCAAACAAAAUCAUCUGACACCAACGAAGAGCCCCACACAAACUGAGGAAACUCGGCUCAGUUUGCCAGCCUCUUCUUCUUCCUCCUUGUGUACUUGCCGAUCAACCCAUUCUCUGAUUUUGAUGGCUUGCUCCACCUUGCCCUCUUCCUCUUCUACUACUACUACUACUACUAAUAAUAAUAAUAAUAAUUCUCUCUUCUCUUCUUCUUUUUCUCGUUGUUCUUCUCUCCAUCGCACAAACUUCAUUCCCAAACGUACCCGUGGUCCCAACUACAUCAAUUGUGAAAUCAAUGAACCGGCGAAUGAGAAGCCUAUUGUGCCAAUCAUUAAUGACGAGACACUUCCAAAAUUCUUGCGAGCCAAACGCUUACAGAAUGCAGUUGGCAGAAAUAAUACCAAGCUGAAUCCCAAGCUGAAACUAUUUUCUGGAACUGCAAAUCCUUCACUUUCUCAGGAAAUUGUUUGGAACAUGGGGCUUGAACUGGGAAAGAUCAACAUCAAGCGUUUUGCUGAUGGUGAAAUUUAUAUCCAAUUGCAAGAAAGUGUUCGAGGAUGUGAUGUUUUCUUGAUUCAGCCCACUUGUCCUCCAGCCAAUGAAAACCUUAUGGAGCUUUGUGUGAUGGUAGAUGCAUGCCGAAGGGCUUCAGCCAAAAAUAUCACUGCAGUGAUUCCAUAUUUUGGAUAUGCCAGAGCUGAUAGGAAGGCACAAAGUCGUCAAUCCAUUGCUGCCAAAUUGGUCGGGAACAUUAUAACAGAAGCAGGUGCCGAUCGUGUUCUAGCUUGUGAUCUUCACUCUGGGCAAUCCAUGGGUUAUUUUGACAUUCCAGUGGAUCAUGUAUAUUGUCAGCCUGUUAUCCUUGAUUACCUUGCUAGCAAGAAGAUUUGUUCCAAUGAUCUGGUGGUGGUCUCUCCUGAUGUCGGGGGAGUUGCUAGAGCACGUGCUUUUGCAAAAGAGUUAUCUGCACCUUUAGCCAUUGUUGACAAGAGACGCCAGGAUCACAAUCUUGCCGAGGUUAUGAACCUGAUUGGUGAUGUUAAAGGAAAAGUUGCAGUCAUGGUUGAUGACAUGAUUGACACAGCAGGGACUAUUGCCAAAGGUGCAGAACUUUUGCACGAGGAGGGAGCAAGGGAAAUUUAUGCAUGCUGUACACAUGGUGUUUUUAGCCCCCCUGCAGUGGAAAGGUUGUCAAGUGGGCUAUUUCAAGAGGUUAUCACGACAAACACAAUUCCUGUGAUGGACAAAAACUAUUUCCCACAGCUGACUGUUCUUUCAGUUGCAAACCUUCUUGGUGAAACAAUUUGGCGCAUACAUGGCGAUCGUUCUGUGACUAGCAUUUUUCAGUAGGCAGGGAAUAUAUUCUUCUAUCUUUGUAGCCAAAUAGAAACCAUUAUAUGUUCUUAGUAGGUUUUAGGUAGACCUGCAAAGAAGUGUGAUCAAAUAGGCAAAUAUUGGAAGAAUUAUAUUAUUAGGAUGUGCAAUCAAUACAUUUCGUGAAAUUGUAUCUGAUGUGUAGAUAGUGUGUAAAAUUUGAGCUUAAACUAUUUCAUUCCUUUUGACUGGUGAA